UUGUCUCUAUACAUUCUUUCUUUCUUUCUUUCUUUCUUUCUUUCUUAUUCUUUUCACUUUCUUUCCUUCUCUAUUUCUUCAUUUUUCUUAAUCUUCAAAUAUUCUAUUAACUUUUACACUUUCAUUCCUUCGUCUAUCUUUAUUUUUCAAAUAUUUUACUUAUGUUACGCAUUUUUUCGUUCUUUUAUGUUUCUUAAUCUUUUCUCUAUCUUUCCUUUUUUACUUUUCAAAUAUUAUAUUUCCUUUUACGCAUUCUAUUUUCGUUCUUCUUUCUUUACGCAUUAUUUUUUUUCAUUCUUUCUUGUUUAUUUUUCGCAUUCUUUCGUUUUCUUUAUUUCUUCCUUUCUUUUUUCUUUCUUUUUCACUUUCUUUACUUUUCAAAUAUUCUAUUUAUUUUUUACCUGUUCUUUAUUUGGUUAUUUCCUUCUUAUUCUUUUCACUUUCUUUUUUCUUUGUUUGUUUGUUUGUUUGUUUGUUUGUUUGUUUGUUUGUUUGUUUGUUUCUUUCUUUCUUUCUUUCUUUCUUUCUUUCUUUUCAAAUACUCUAUUUACUUCUACGCAUUUUUUACGUUAUGUCUCUCUUAUCCUUUUCACUCUCUUUCCGUCUUUUUCCUUCUUUCUUUCUUUCUUUCUUUCUUUCUUUCUUUCUUUCUUUCUUUCUUUCUUUCUUUUCUUUACUUUAUUUUUUUUUUCAAAUCUCUAUUUUCCGUCUUUUUCCGCUUUUUUUUACUUUUCUUUUCUCUUUAUCCUUUUUCCUUCUUUAUUUACUUCUCUUUUUUUUUCUUUUUCUUUUUAUUUUUCUCUUUUCUUUUUCUUUCUUUCUUUCUUUUCUUUCUUUCUUUUUUCUUUACCUUUACUUUUCAAAUACUCUAUUUACUUCUACGCAUUUUUUACGUUAUGUCUCUCUUAUCCUUUUCACUCUCUUUCCGUCUUUUUCCUUCUUUCUUUCUUUCUUUCUUUCUUUCUUUACCUUACUUUUCAAAUACUCUAUUUACUUCUACGCAUUUUUUACGUUAUGUCUCUCUUAUCCUUUUCACUCUCUUUCCGUCUUUUUCCUUCUUUCUUUCUUUCUUUCUUUCUUUUUCUUUUUACCUUACAUUUUUUCAAAUACUUUAUUUACUUCUUUCCGCUUUUUUUACGUUAUCUUUUCUUUCUCUUUUAUCCUUUUACUUCUACGCAUUUUUUUACGUUAUCAUCAUUUUUCCUUCUUUCUUUCUUAUUGUUUUCACAUUCUUCCCGCCUACUUUCCGUCUUCUUUCUUAUUUACUUUUUAAAUAUUCAGUUCAUUUACGCAUUCCUUUUUUCGUUCUUUCUUUCUUAUUCUUUUAACUUUCUUACCUCCUUUUUUUCUGUUUCUUUAGUUUUGAAAUAUUCUAUUUGGUUUACGCAUUCUUUUUUUCUUUCUUAUUCUUUUCACUUACUUUUCUUCUUCUUCCUUUUUUUUUAUUUCUUUACUUUUCAGAUAUUCAGUUUUUCUUUUACCCAUUCUCUUUUUGUUCUUUCUUGCUCAUUUUUUUCACUUUCUUUCCUUCUUGUGCCUUUCUUUCUUUUUUUACUUUUCAUAUACUAUAUUUAA